GAGACAAGAACAUCAGGGUUUUGGUACCGAGCAAGGGGGAAUCAAAACAACAAUGCACUUAUUGUAUUUGAAUGAUUCCGAUAGUGUAUGUAUGUUGUUGCUUUGAUUCCCCCGCGCUUAGUUUAGCUAGUAUUGCCAUCAGACGGGCCUGCUUAACCUAGUUACAGCCAACAUUUGAGACAGAGAGACAGACACAGAGAGCGAGAGAGAGAAAAAGAGAGAGAGGGUUUACCAGUUAAAAUUCAAUAUUUUGCUUCUUAUAUAGACUGUGAUUUUGUGUAAAGACAGACAAUCAACCAUGGAGAUUACAUCAGUUAGUUUUUCUUUUAAGAGGUUUAAGGAGGAUACAAUUGACACAAUUGAGAUGAUAAACUAAACCGUAAACUAAGUUGGAAAGGAAUAUGUACGAUUUUUUCGAUUGCUUGAUAUAAACCCUCCACAACCUAUGGGUACUAAUGAACCAUUUAGCGUCAACACAUUGACGCUUUGAAGCAUUCCAGGUUCAGGUGUUUGGCUCUUGAUGGCAGGGUGGAGCCCCGAGGUGGCCACUAGGGGCUGCUGUGUCUGCCAGACAGUCCAGGAAGGCACCCUGCCAGGGAGCCAGUGAGUGAGUCAGUCGGGGCUGAGCUUCUGUUGGUGGAGGUGGUGAUCUCAGUGUGGUGCUUCACUGUGGUCUGACCACCAGUGUCUGCGACUGUCUGUGGAAAAAGCAGCUCCCCUGGCCAGACUGUUUUGUGUCGGGAGACGGCAGCCGAGGUGUAAGAAGGCAGGAGAGAGAGAGGGAGGGAGACACUAGGAAACAGCUCAGAGGGGUGGGGGGGGCGGGUGGGGAGGGGGGCGUGUUUGUCGACAUCGUCUUUCGCCGGGCGAGCUGAAAGAGAGAGGCAUCGAGACACCCAGAGGCCCUUCCCCAAGGCUGCCCCACGUUCCUCUCUGCUCCCACCGGGACGAGCCGCGGCGGCAUGAGGGCCGGGGCCGUGCUGCUGGCGGCUGUGGCGCUGCUGCAGUGUGCGUGCCAGAGCGGGGCCUUGUCCACCUGCAAGACCCUGGACCUGGAGCUGGUCAAGAGGAAGCGCAUCGAGGCCAUCCGAGGCCAGAUUCUGAGCAAGCUGCGGCUGUCUAAGGAGCCUGACGACGACAGGGCCGAGGAGGAGGAGGAGGAAGAGGAGGAGGAGGGUGUCCCCGCGUCGCUCCUGUCCCUCUACAACAGCACGGUGGAGCGCCGCGGGGAGCAGGCGCGCACCCUGGCGCCCCACACCCCAGACGACGACGAAGAGGCUUACUUUGCCAAGGAGGUGCACAAGUUUAACAUGACGCCGAGUGGCGAUGCCUCACAGAACAAGAUGCGCUUCGACAUCUCUAAGAUGCAGGCGACUCUGGGGAACGACAGCCUGCUCUCUCAAGCGGAACUGCGCCUGCUCAUCAAGAACCCCACCAUGCCGCCCGGCUCCGAGCAGAGGCUCGAACUCUACAGCGUCAAAGGAGACAAGUCCCGCUAUUUGGGCUCGCGGUUUGUCUCGAAUGUUUCGGCCAAUCACUGGCUCUCUUUCGACGUCACGCAGACUCUAAGUGAUUGGCUGCGAGGGUCAGGAAAAGAACAAGAGUUCGAACUGAAAUUGCCUUGUGAAUGUGGAAAGGAUAUGCCGCGUUUCCAAUUUACUGUAUCAGGGAUAGCUGCCACUGAAAGAGGAGACAAGGGAGACCUUCAACUGAGGAUGCCAAGGCCUCACAUCUUGGUGAUGUCACUUCCUGUGGAACGUCACAGCCAGCUAACCUCUCGCAGGAAACGACAGACAACAACAACAACAACGGAGAUGUGCACAGAUAGCACUGAGAGCUGCUGUGUGCGAAGCCUCUACGUAGACUUCCGGAAAGAUCUGGGCUGGAAAUGGAUCCAUGAGCCGACCGGCUACUUUGCCAACUACUGCAUGGGACCAUGCACCUACAUAUGGAACACAGAAAGCAAGCACUCCCAGGUUCUGGCUCUGUACAAACAGCACAACCCAGGUGCAUCAGCUCAGCCCUGCUGCGUGCCACAGCUGUUGGAACCGUUGCCCAUCCUCUACUACGUAGGACGGCAGCACAAGGUGGAGCAGCUGUCUAACAUGAUAGUGAAGUCCUGUAAGUGCAGCUGAUAGAUAUCCAUCUCACCUCAUCCUCUGAGCUGGUGGUCCGCUCACCUCAGAACACCACUGUCUUCAUCGGUGUGUCACCACAAAAAGAUCUGAGAGACUUAAAGGAGAUAAGGCCAUUUACCAGAAACGUUUGAAGGUUGACUACGUACUAGUUGAGUUUACGUUGUCAAGACUCCAACCGAUUUUUCAGUCUUAAUUUUUAACUAGCUGUGUCAUGGGCUGUGUGGGCCAGCUGGGGUCAUGUUUUGUUUUUAGGGCUGGAUGUACCCUUCUUUUAUCCUGAACACUUCGUAAGGAAGCUAGAAGUAAGUACAGCAGAGAAGAUUUAGCUCAAAAUACUGAAUGUAUGAUGCUUCCUAUUGGUAUUUCUGCCUUAUCCAUUGUUGAUCAAAUUAAUCAUUUUAAGUAAAUCGACCCCUCUCAGUUCAAGAUUCAGCAAAGGUUGAAAAUUGUAGCAACAGGAUUUUCUUUGUAGCUGAAUAAAAAGAUAGUGAAUUUGG